AUGCUGGCAAUUGGAUAUGUGAAAUCACUGGGACUAUCACUUGGAGAUAUCAAACUACCAGAGAAUAUCUCCUUUAAUGAUCCAAACGAUGGUCUUCUUGAAUUGUGCAACGGAGCGCAAUUGGUUAUCUUGCCAUCCCCGACUCGAUGUCAUUUAAAUCAUAUUAAAGUGGGAAAACUUGUGAUUGAAAAUCCCAUAUCUUUCAAUCCAGUUGAUCUUUGUACCAUGAUGCAGUCGAAGUCUGAUUUUAUAAGCAAUGUUGAUUUCAACACUGAUUUCGACUAUUUGAAAUCAUUAAAUUCAUUUCUGAGACAGUGGACUGCUAAGGAUGAACUCAGACACUUGGAAUUGAAAAGCGACUGGCACCAAUUUUAUCUACCAGAGGUGGUUAGGUUACUGGAUGCAGAAAUAGUGAGACAAGCAAGAAUCAAGGAUGAUGAAAGACAGAUCUUGCUGUCACAUCAAUCCGUGUCCGUUGCUGAGGGCUCUGCUACUGGAGUCGUGACCAUGAACAGCGAUGGUGUAGCAGCAGUUGAUUGGAUUCAUGUGCGUUUUGACGAUCGUGAUCAUCCAUUUCCGAUCAAACGUGAGCUUGCGUUGUUUCGCCAAAGAGAUGAGAUGAUGACGCGUAGUCAGUUCCUAUCAGUCGUCUCUUAUGGAGCAACGGCCUGUCAGGCUCGUAUUCAGGCAAUUCAGGCCUGUCAGGCUCGAAUUCAGGCAAUUCAGGCUCGUAUUCAGGCCUGUCAGGCUCGAAUUCAGGCAAUUCAGGCUUGUAUUCAGGCCUGUCAGGCUCAAAUUCAGGCAAUUCAGGCUCGUAUUCAUGCUUUUCAGGCUAGUCAUGCCUGGUUUUAG